AUGAGUUUAACAUUCGAGGUCAAAUCCGUGGAAAUCAAUGGAUCAUCAUACCGCAUCUUUUUGCAAAAUGAAAACGGGCCUUGUGCACUACUUGCCCUAUGUAACGUUCUUUUGCUGUCACCGCAACACAGUAGACAGGCGAGAGAGCUGAUUGAAUUUGCAAAAGCGCGAAGUGAGGUCACUCUGAACCAGGUGGUAACAAUACUAGCAAACAUUGGAAUGAGAAUACCCCAGGGUGCUUAUUCGGAUCUUAACCAACUGCUUCAAAUAUUGCCGCAAUUACACACUGGGCUGAACAUCAAUCCUAUUUUCAAUGGCUCCUUUGAAGAUGGGGAUGAAAUGUCCUUGUUCAGACUGUUCAAUGUCAGUAUUGUACAUGGAUGGCUUGCGGCAUAUGACCAGGAUCCUGUGCAAUACCAACAUGUAUCAAAAUACUCGUACGAAGAAGCCCAGCGGGUUCUUGUAGAGGCGUAUGACAUGCAACAGGGAAAUUUGCAGACUUCUAAUGCACAAGAAAUCCUCGAAGAUGCAAACUACAUCAAGUCAUUCUUAGCUCGAUCAGCUACGCAAUUGACGGAAUAUGGGCUCAAGCACCUGAAAGAUGUGCUACUGGAAAAUUCGUACGCGGUUCUAUUUAGAAAUGAUCACUUUUCUACCUUAAUCAAAAAUAAUGGUGAGCUCUAUUUGCUUGUAACGGAUUCUGGUUUCAAAAAUAACAAGGACAUAAUUUGGCAAUCACUCAAGUCUGUCAAUGGAUCGCAAGAUACAUUCUAUACGGGCAACUUUAUCCCUGCUACUCUUCAAAAAUCGACCACACAGCUAACGUCUAACACAGCUGCAAGCACGCACCAUACUAAUCCCUUCUUGGACCCUCGUGACUCGACGUCUGGCGCUCAACAGGAUAGAGAUUCGCGUUAUAUGACUGAUGAAGAGUUAGCAAGACAUUUACAGGAGGAGGAAGACGCACGUGUGGCAAGAAGCAUGCAAAGAGGCUAUGGAAGAUCCCGCUCAAACAAUGAUGAGGAAGGGGCUAACGGCAGAAGCAAGAAAAAGAGUAAAGAUAAAUCAGGCAGCAGCAGGAAAAGAGAUAAACUGAAGAAAAGUUGUAUUAUUAUGUAG